AUGAUCACAGACAUGCACGAGGACUACCUAUGGAAGCGCCUCGUCUAUCAGUUCUUCACCUUCUGCCCGGGCGCACCACAAGAAGAGCAGUCGCAGCAGGCCGCACUCAAGCGCGAGAAGGACUCGACGGAGAGCUGGAAGCGGUUCUUCCGGCGGUCCCUCGGGCGACACCCGCGCCUCGACUUCUAUCCCGCACCGGCGCACGGACUCUACUUCCCCACGCCUUCCGCCCAAACAGUCCACACGCGGCUCUACAUGCGGAACAGCACACGCUCGGCCGUCACCCUCUUCCGAGUCAUGGUCACCAAGCCCAAGGACUACGUAGUGAAGCCCACCCACGGGAUACUCCUGCCCAGACAAGUCUUGACCGUCUCCAUUCUUGCUCGUCAGCUUUCAAAGGAGGCGCUGGAGCAGAUGCAAGAGUGCAAGGACAAGUUCAUGAUCCAGACAGCGACGGUGACCCUGGAGCAACUUGUCGAGGAGGGCGCCGUCGAUCCCAAGCGGGCCGAUCCCAGCUACGUGCGGAAGGCGCGCUCCUGUACUCUAGACCUCUCCCACGUCUUCGCCGACAACUUUGAUGCGCUGCGGUACGUGAAGGACAAUCCGGACAAGGUGAGCAAGCACAUCUUCAAGUGCCACUACUUGCCCGUCCAACAGCAGGACGACGAAUCGGCCACCGCCUACUCUGCCGCUUCUUGA